AAUUAUUCAUGUGUUUGCUAAAAGCUGUUAAAUCUGUUCUCUAAGUCAUGUCUCAGAGUCUAUUAUUCAGGUCUGGACUACUGCGUGAUUGAAGCAUGGUGGUUCAGAUCAACAUGGUCUCCUCCAAACAGACGUUUGACUUUCAGUUCAGACUACAGGAAGAAACACAUCGUGGUUUAAGCUUUUAAAGCUUUUAAAGCUUAAAGAUGUUAGCUGUGAGGUGUUGUUCACGGCGCUGGGGUAAAAUAUCUGUAACCAGGUUUUCUCUCUCUUCUUCAGAGAGAAGGACUCCAAAAACACUGAUAGGAGGUCUGAGAAUAUUAGACCACAGGUUCGCAGUCCUCUCAGCGGCUCCAUGUCGGCUCUCUGUGGGUCCCUCUGCCAGGUUUGUGUCCCUGUCUGCCUCUUUCAGAGCGGAUGCUGGACCCUUAACUGACCGGGAAAACUUUGGCUCCUUGUCUGAGGACAUAUCCUCCAGGAGGUCGUUCAGGAAGAGCAGCCCGGACCUCCGCGACCUGCGACACCGAGAUGAUUCCUUGGAGGAGGAAGAGGAUUUGGAGGAGCUGAGGAAACCCAUCAGGAGGCCUGUGAGGAAAAAUACUCCCUACUGGUACUUCUUACAGUGCAAGAAACUGAUCAAGGAGAACAAGCUGCAGGAGGCUCUGGAUGUGUUCAGCAGAAACAUGCUGAAGGAGGAGAGGUUGCAGCCUGAGGAGUUCAACUACUCUGUGCUCAUUGGAGGCUGUGGUCGAGCUGGACAACUCCAAAAGGCCUUCAAACUCUACAAUGAUAUGAAGAAGCGAGGUCUAGCUGCAACAGAUGCAACCUACACCGCACUGUUCAAUGCCUGCGCAGAGUCGCCAUCGAAGCAAGCCGGGCUCCAGCAAGCCCUGAAGCUGGAACAAGAGCUCCAUCGUAAAAACUACCCCCUGAGCACCAUUACGUACCACGCUCUGCUCAAGACCCACGCCAUCACCAAUCACCUCCAAGCCUGCAUUCACACACUCCGGGAGAUGCUGCAGAAUGGACAUGCUGUAACUCAGGAGACGUUUCAUUACCUGCUGAUGGGCUGUUUGACGGACAAAGAAACGGGAUUCAGACUGGCUUUGCAGGUGUGGCGUCAAAUGCUGCGAUCGGGGAUUCUGCCAGAUUCAAAGAACUAUACCCUACUCUUAAGAACCGCCAGGGAUUGUGGGAUUGGUAAUCCAGCCUUAGCAUCAAGUGUUCUGCUGACGUCUGAAAUCUGGAAGGAAAAGGAAGAUGUGUCAGAAGGCAGAUGCAAGGGUGUAAUAGACAUCAACCUUCUGGAGAGGCAGCUGUUUCUUCAACACGAUGCCCACAGCAAUAGUCAGAUGGACAGAAAACGCAAUGAAGAGGAGGAAUCCACCCAUCUUAUCCCAGUCAGACAAACGGAAAACAUCUCAUUACCUUCUGACAUAGUAGCUGAGUCUAUAGCUCCUAAUUUGCUGGACUUUUUCGAAGGCAAAAGAGGGGCUGUGCUCGCUCUCAGCUCUGUAGACACAGCAUCUGACAGAUUGGCCCUUAUUGGUGGAGCUAAAGGUUUUCUAGAGAAGAUGGAGGCUAACGGACUGAGUCCAGACCUGAAAACUCUUACACUCAUGGUUGACACAAUGGAGCCAGGCCUCCAGUCUCUGCAGGUGCUGUUGAAGGCCGCCAAGCAACAUCAGGUGAAGCUCGAUUUAGCGUUUUUCAACUCCGCCAUUCGCAGAACCGUCAGAGCAGGUGCCCUUGAGGAUGCAAAGGCUGUGCUGCGUGUGAUGCGACAGCGCAACGUCAGCCUGAAUAUACAGACGUAUGGAUGCCUCGCAUUAGGCUGUGAUCGGCAGGAGGAAGGUCUGCAGCUGCUAAAAGACAUAGAGGACGCAGGACUCCGGCCCAAUGUCCACGUGUUCUCUGCUCUGAUUGGUCGGGCAACUCGGAGAUUGGAUUACACCUACCUGAAAACGCUCCUGAGGAGCAUGAGAAACCUGAGCGUGUGGCCUAAUGAGGUCAUAAUCCGGCAGCUGGAGUUUGCUGCGCAGUAUCCUCCCAACUACAACCAGUACAAAUCCAGAAACAACUACCUGGUGCACAUCAAUGGUUUCCGUGGUUACUACCAGGAGUGGCUGAAAGAUUUACCUGCUCAGAGCGUUGAGGAGGUACAGUCGGGGCUGCGGUCUGAGACAGGCGUUACAGUGCAGGCAAAAGAAGUUGCAGAUGGACUGACUGACGCUCAGAGAAAUCGGAGAGCAGCAGCCAGGAGAUUUCACUCUCACCACAGAGACAAGAUGAGCAGCACCGUGUCGGCUCAGGAACCGCAAUAAGGAAAAUAUCUCCCCGCCAUGAACCUCUGGCUGCCUACAUUUGGCUUUAUUAAUAUGAUGGACUAUGGUCAAACAAUGGCUUAAGUCAGGAAAUGUGGUUUUAUAUUUUAAAAUGUUGAUGCACUCAGUUUAUUCUAAACGUAAUAAAUUCAACCUUAUCUGUU